AUGACCACCGACGACGACAUUCCCGCCAUGCUGGACGCUGGUCCGUCAAACACCCCCGACAACCCUCCCAGAAAGCGUUCCAAGGUGUCGCGCGCCUGCGACGCCUGUCGUCGUAAGAAAAUCCGCUGCAACGCCGAGUACCUGGCCACCCUCCAGAAAGUCACCAAGAUAUGCACCAAUUGCUCCAAGAACAACGACGCCUGUGCGUUUCUGCGCAUUCCCUUGAAGAGAGGGCCUUCUAAGGGCUACAUCCGCGACUUGGAGGACAAGCUCGACCGCACGAAGCCAAACAACAACACCCAGAGCCACCAGAGCCACCAGAGCCAUCAGAACCACCCGAACCACCAGAACAACGACAGAAUGGCCCAGGCGCCGGUCCAGGCACCCACAGCGCCAGCGCCAGUGCCUGGACCCCCCCAGUACGGCUGGGGACCCCAUCUCGUCCACGCCCACCACCAGCCACUACCGUUUCCGCACAAGCACCUCAAGGGGUCUCCCGCCAUCAUUUUGCCGCCAUUGGGCGACCUCCAGCCGAAGAUCUUGCCCCCCAAAUUGGCGUCCACUUCGUCCACGCCCUCCAGCCCUCGCAGCAACUCCAUCAACGGCUUGCUCAACCUCGCCGACACCACCAACCCCAGCAUCAAGAACUCGAGCCCUCCCAUCCAGGGGCCGUUCUGGAAAGUGCCCUACGAGAUGCCUGCGGGACCUUCGCGGCGCUCGUCGCUCACCGUGCUGAACGGUGCAGCGUCCGCGGCGUCGUCCGCAUCCACCGCGCUGUCGUCGCGCCGCCGUUCGUCGGUGGAGUCCAUUUCCUCCACCUCCACCACGGGCUCACGCUUGGCAUCGCUAAAGCCUAGCGACAGCGUCGUUUCCGAUAGCGACGCUGACGACUUCUACUCGGUGCGGUCGUCCACGCUGUCGACGCUGUCGAUUCCAGCGUUGAGUCGCUCGUCCAGCGCCAACCACCACCGUCGCCAGUCGUCCACAGCAUCCCCACGCAACUCAGUCUCUUCCCUCUCCAGCUUGAGCGGCAGAAUCAACAAGACCCUCCACCUCCAACCAUCCUCCCCGGCACCCUCGCCCCAGUACGCGCUGCCCUACGCGCACACUCCUCAGUACGCGCUGCCCUACGCACUCGCUGCCACUACCACCACCCCCCAGUACCAGCUUCCCCCCGCCGCUCCCUACGCACCAUCCUACCGCACCAACCUCGCGCUCUACUACGCCCACUUCCACCCCGCGUUCCCGCUACUCCCGCUAGACCAGCCAGCAAUGUUUUCCUUGAUGGACGCUGCUGCUAGCGAGCCGCCCUCCCCAGCGUCGCCCAUCGUCGACCUCUUCAACCACACCCUCCACAACCUCGUCCAUUUCAACAAAGUCACUGUCGCCGAUCUGCUGGCGGUGUUGCUGAAAAUCGUGGCCCUCUAUCCGUUCAGCCACACCAAUAUCGCCCCCAGCGAGACCCACUUGACGUUGUUCUUCUCGUCGUUGGCGUUGCUCAACUACACCAUGCUUUUAAAUGGUGAUAUCUACACGGUGGGUCUUGCAGUGGCAGUGGCCAUCUUCAACGACUUCAAGGUGUUGGAGACGUUUCUCAGGCACGUUCAGGGGAAAGAGGGAAAGAACCACCACGAGCCCAAAAACUAUGACUACAUCGCGCUCUACCUCCCUAAGCUCUACUACGUGCUCACCAUCAUCGACGACCUCUACUCUUUGAGCUUUGGCGUGCAAAAGGUCAUCAACAACAACGCCUUGGUCCAGUUCUUGAAGGCCAACGUUGAUGCUUUUGUCCCCCCACCCUCCUCCAGCUACAACCUUAAGACAGGCCUCAUCAUCUUCAAACAGUCGCAGAAUUUCGUGCAUUUGGUCCAUAUCCGUGACAAUUUCUUGCUAAACAGUGGACAGGUAUCCAUCGACGACCACGGCUUCAAUGACUCCUCACCCACAGAAGACGAAUUCGCCGACCAUUUCAGCCAUGUCAUCAAGGAGAAGUACGACUUGGUGCGGUGUUUGUUGGAGAUCAACCAAUUCAUAUCUAACGUCAGCACCAGAAACGACUUGGACGACCUGUUCGAGAACCUCAUGGACUACAACUUGAAGUUGAUUCGCCUCAUGAAAAAGCUCUCAGCCAUCAUCGUUAACUUUGCCAACUACAUAAGCACGUCUACUCCCUCCGACAGCUCGCCAGGGCACUCUUCGUUGACAUCUCCCAACAAAUCACAUAAUAACUCCACCACUUCCAUCAACGAGAUAGCUUCCAAUGCAACCAAACUGCCAGAAUCCCCAGCAUACAACUCCUCGGGCCCAUAUCCCGGUGGCAUCAUCAUAAACCCAUUGUUGAAUAUCACUAUUGGCCAGCUUUUCAAGCUUAUUAAGCUUAACAAGCUCCUCAUCGAUUUAUUGAUUUCCCUCCUCAAGGCGCAAAAUAAGGGCCACCCGGACUUACUCAACCGUUGUGUCAAGAUCAACAACGACUUGUCCAUUUCAUACAAUUUAUUAAACUUGAAUCUCGUCAAUUUACAAAUAGGUUCAGGAGCCAUCAAUGCAAUCAGAGCGAAAAUCGGUGGCUACAUGUUGAACUUUAACAUUCAAGGACUAUUGAAUAGUAAAUCUGAAGAUGGCCUUCCAGAAUUAUUGUCUAAUUGGGGAAACAACUUCCGUGGACAAAUCAUUCCUUUCAUUGAAGGAGAAUCUAUUGAUGGAUGGCUUUGA